CAGCAGAGGAGAGGCCAAAAGUGUCAGCAGCCAAAGUUGAGGAGGAGUCGUCCAUAGCCAUCUGUCUUCAGGUGCUUUUCCCCUACCUGCUGGCUGGGAUGGGCAUGGUGAUGGCUGGCAUGGUGCUGGACAGUGUACAGUCUUAUUGUGACCCUGCCAAAAGAGAAGAAUGGGCCGGAAUAACACAGACAUGAAGGGAUCCUGCUGGUUCUAACUCUCAAGACCUUGGACCUGGACAAUUCUUCAUCCUCUUCCACUGCUGUCAGUCAUUUAGCUGUCAUAGCAAACACUGCUAUCAGUUACAGGAUACAGCCGUGCCUUUACACUGGAGGUCAAGUAGAUUCCAGACUGGAUCAGAUGGAUUCAGGACUACAGCCAACAAACAUUAAACUCAGUUGAAAGGACUUUAAACUACAUCAAAUGGAUUAUCAAGUAGAUCGCAGAAACUGGACUUAUUCGGGACUCCUUGAAAUCCAAACUGUUCAUUGUCAGGUUCAUUGUCUUUAAACCUGUGUAUGGACAUCAAAGCCAUCCUUCUAACCUUUAAAAAGGCUGGUUGGCUGAAAGGAAACUGAGACUUUGAUUGCAUAUGUGGAGCAUCUGUGCUUGUAGAGAACGUUGCGACCUAUGAAUCAGGAAUGGUGUUAAUGAUUGUGUUCCCCAGUGGUGCUGACGAAUGGAUACCUCAUCACUGCUGACUCACCACUGGGCCAAAGAUGCCAUGCUUCAUUGCCCUCAAGUUAGAGUUUAAGCCUUUAUCUUUGCCUGGGAACGAAGUUAACUAAUUUUAACAAAUGGAUAAUUAUGUUAUCAUCUUUUACAUAUAUAGCAUUUUUUUUCCUCUGAACAUUUGAAGACAUAGCAGUAGCUGAAGUUUUUCCAGAGGUCAGAGGGGUUAACAUAAACUGAUUGUUUGACUUGUUUGAAGUCAAGAAUGAUUCAAGCAAAGGCUGUGAUUUCUUUGUAAUCCCUCAAGAGUGGAACAACCAUGCAUUCACAAAUUUUGUCUCUCAGUUCUUCAACAAAGGCCUUAGUGACUACUUGAACAUUUGCCCUUGGCCUUGUUUAAACCGAGGAAAACAACAUUGAUUGGUUUCUUCUUCAGCAUUCACCCUGCUCACUUCUUAGGACAAGUAAAAACUAAAUUCAUUUGGACAUACAGUAUCAGAAGCAGAAGAUGUUUUUUGCCCCUCUAAUAGUCAUCGUUUAUGUUUGGAUUGCAGUUAUACUUACAAUGGGAUAACAAUAUGUUGAACUAGUUACUAAGUAACCCCUCACUCAACAUGGUAGUGACUCGGCUUGAGCUGGAACUACGCUACCAGGGCAAGAAGCUGCGUGGCGUGACGUGGAAGUUGACUCGAUCGGAACAUGGCUUCCUACCAGAGAGUUCCUGGCUGAUCGCUGCUCAGGUUGUGGUGCCGUACCUGGUGUCAGGGCUCGGAAUGGUCUCCGCUGGUAUCGUUAUGGACCUUAUACAACAUUGGAAGGUGUUUAAGGUGAUAACAGAGGUAUUCAUCCUGGUGCCUGCGCUGGUUGGACUCAAAGGAAACCUGGAGAUGACCCUGGCUGCUCGUCUCUCCACUGCUGCCAACACAGGCCAAAUGGAUGACCCUGAUAAACAAUGGACCAUGGUGUGCAGCAAUCUGGCACUAAUACAGGUUCAGGCCACAGUGGUGGGCUUCCUUGCAGCAGUGGCAGCUGUGUGUUUAGGGGCAAUUUCCAGAGGAGGUGUUGAACUGGACCAGGCAGCUGUCCUGUGUGCCAGCAGCAUCACUACUGCCUUUGUAGCUGCUCUUUCUUUAGGUCUGGUGAUGAUUGGGGUGAUCAUCGGAUCCAGGAAGGUAGGGAUCAAUCCAGACAACGUGGCUACCCCCAUCGCUGCCAGUCUGGGGGAUUUGAUCACCCUGUCCCUGCUGGCUGGGGUCAGCAGCACGCUCUAUGAGUAUAUAGAUAUAUGGUACCUGUCCCCCCUGGUGUGUCUGGUCUUCUUGGCUCUGAUCCCACUGUGGGUGAUGGUGGCUCGACAGAGCCCUCAGAUCAGAGAGGUUCUCCGCUCAGGGUGGCAGCCUGUUAUAGUGGCUAUGUCCAUUAGCAGUUUUGGAGGCCUUAUACUGGACAAGACAGUGAGCGAUCCCAACUUUGAGGGCAUGGCUGUCUUUACACCCGUCAUUAACGGAGUGGGUGGUAACUUGGUGGCCAUCCAGGCUAGUAGGAUCUCAACCUACCUGCACUUUUGGAGCAUCCCAGGGGUGCUGCCCUAUAAGAUGAGGCAGCACUGGCCUAAUCCCUGCAUCACCUUCUUCUCCUCAGGGGUGAACUCCAAGUCAGCACGCGUGCUGCUGAUGCUGGUUAUCCCUGGUCACCUCGUCUUCCUCUACGCCAUCUCUCUGCUGCAGGGAGAGGAGGCACCCAUCACUAUAGCCUUCACCGUCUGCUACCUGUGUGCUGCUUUGCUACAGGUGGCUAUCCUCCUUUAUGUUGCUGACCUCAUUGUCCGUUUGAUGUGGAGAAAGAGUCUGGACCCUGACAAUUUCUCCAUCCCCUACCUGACUGCCCUGGGGGACCUGCUGGGCACUGGCUUUCUGGCCCUGUGCUUCCGCUGCGUCUCACUGGUUCAGGGCUUGGGUCUAUGAAUUUUUCCCCUUUACCCUGAACCCUUCGCCAGCCACUGUCAUGUUGCACCAAUAUUAUUUGCACAGAGUUGCUUUUGAUUGGACAAUAAAGCAUUUUCUGGUCUUUAUCACUGGGCCAGUUAAUACCAAAGAAUUUGUCUUCGUCACAAAUUCAAACCUUUACACUGGUGGAGAGACAGCACAUGUGACACCCACCCAUUUACACCCAUCCAUCUGGGUAGAGGGUUUGCUGAACAUGUCCAGCCCUCAGCUGGAUCUAAUUCUUUUAUUUGAGUGCAAAGGACUUGAAAGUAUUUAGAAGUUUUUGUUCUCUGUCCUUCAGAACAUCUACAGUAUACUGAAUUUAAGUUUUAAAAUCAUUCCUCUUUAUCUGUCCAUCAUUUAAUUUUCCUGCACUAAGAUUUGAGUUUGGUGGCUCUGUGUUCACCUCAUCUCCUAGCUCAUCUCUUUGGCUUUAUCAGAGGAAUAUGUAGCAAUUUUACAACAUAGCAGCUGGACAUCAUGACAGCAUAUCAACUCUGUAGGCCAGUAGAAUUGUUUUUCAGCGGCCUUUACUGUGAACAAUUAGUAUGUCUAAAGGAAAUUUGUUUGAACUUGGACAGAAAAAACAGACUGUACUAUGCAUUAAGGCUAGAGGUGGUAGAGGUUCACAUAUGUAGUUCACUAACUGGAAUUUUCAUGGAUGUAUGUAUGUUUGGAACAGACAGUUUGGACAGAUGUUGUUUUCAUGCACAUCAGGUUAAAUACCUGUAAACACACAAUAUUUCAGAAUCACAUGAAAAAACCUGAAUCUCUAUUAUUAUCCAUAUAUUAUCUUUUGUGAGAGUGAACACCCCUGUCCCAAGGUUUUAGAUGUUUUAGAUACUGUUAUAACAGGGUCUGACAGACAGAUUGCAUGAGGUAUUUCCAUGGCCAAAGGCAAAUGGCACAGCUGCACAGUGGAACAGUAUGAAUAGGAGGAAGAAAAUUAGUAGGUUCGGUUGGAGUUUUAUCUAUCACAAACAAUGGAAUCACAUCUUUCCUUGCAGUUUAACGCACAGUGCAGAAUCACCUUGAGAGUCGCCACCUCAAGCAUCUCCUGCAAUGUGUAGGAGGUGCAGACAUAUCCUGUGUUGGUCUAGGGCACCUGCGAAGUGUUAUGGGAGAUAACAUAUUUAGUCACUCUGUAGGUGAACCAUUACAUAAAUGAGGUGAGGAGCCAAACAAAACUGACCAUAAAGACUGUUGACUUUAGGAGGGAUGGAGGCACACACCAGCAUGUUUUUGACGUCUAUGAAUGAUGUAUUUGUGUCCAGAAUCCCUACUCUUUGUGUCUGUGUUGACACCUAUGGGCAUACGUAGUUAUUCCUGGCCAGUGGAAUAAAAUCAAAAUCUACUAAAAAGCUAUUAUUCAAGCAAUUGUUUGACAUAAACUAAUAUCAAGUUAUAGCCAGCAGCUGGCUAAUGUAGCUUAGCACAAAGACUGGAAAAGGGGACAGUUAGCCUGACCCUUUCCAAAGGUAACUAAAUCUCCUGCCAACACCUCAAAAGCUCAAUAAUGAACACAUAUCUUGCUUGUUAAGUCCAUACAAAAACAAAUAUACAAGUGUAAAAAAUUACUGAUGUAUGGGGUCCUGUGCCAAACUAAUUUUUGGCCAUCAUCUUUGGUUUUUGUACAGAUUAAACAAAUAAGAUAUAAUGUGUUUGUUAGUAAGCUUUACAGCUGCUUGCAUAUUCCUGGAUUCUGACAAUGCCUGGUUAGCAGUUUCCACCUGUUUCCAGUAAUUCAGACUGAAUGUACACUGUACACACAAUCCUCUCAUCUAAACAAGAAAACAAGUAAGCAUGGUUUGGAAUAGGACUCCUUAAAGCAGUGUAAAGGAUAUCUGUGUUUGUACAGAUUGCUUGGUAAAGCUACAGUAAUAUUCCUGUGCACAAAUCCCUGUAACCACUGACAGCUGUUCCUUCUUAGACACUUCCUCCACUAUGGAGAAAUAGGUUUCACAUCAAGUCACCAAAAUAUGAAAUAAUUACAGGUAAAAGAAGGACCAAUUUGUGCUCAGUGAAAAUAUCACAUUUUUGACUUUUUGACACAAAAACUGUCUCCAGAAUGUCUAAUAUGCAGAUGAUGUAUGGCUUUUCAUUGCACAUACAGUGGGUAUAUACUGUACAAUGCCAUUAAACAGGCACAUGCAAAUACUACAAUAAUAAUUCUAAGCAAUGAGAUAGUUUUUCAGAUUCUACAUCUACAUAAUAGAAACUAAAGGCUCAAACACUUACACAGUCACGUUCCAAAUCAUUCUGAUGCUCUGAAAAAUAUGUCCACACCUCUCUAUUUGUACAGCAAUCUCAAUGUUCAAAAAAAUUAGUAUUACUUAGUCAGUAUUUUAUUUAUUGUGAAUAAUUUUUGCUGCCACUCAAUGUAAACAAACAAACAAACCGCAGUGAGCUGAUGCAGAUGACUUCUACAAUUGUUUUCAUCCAUCAGCCCAGGUUUAUGUGUUUACAUCAACUGUCUAGCUGCAGAGGAUCUUGGGUAAUCCCUCACUUACUGCCUUACUGCUCAUUGUGACAUUGUCAGAACCAUAAAACCUCAUCAUUACUGCAGUGAGUGCAUGUACAUGCACAUGUUACUCUUCAGGGUGUUCAGACAGACAGCGAAGUGAAUUCUGGCUUCACAUAAUUCGCACAGAUUUGACCACUGGACGGUUUGGCUUCAGCUCAGCCGCUGACUGACUUCGGAACUCAGCUUGAACUCCAGUCCUUUCUUAUUUUUUCCCACAGUCCCUCUCUCUCGCUGUCACUCUCAUCUCUGUAUGUUUAUGAGAUUCAUAUUCAAAUUGAAAUUCAUAAAUUCAAAUUCAUGUGCUUAAGACAUAUUCAACUGGCACAGACAUGGCAACACCAUCCUGGUCAAAUUUGCACCUAAUCAUGUCUUUCCAUUGACCUUGUUUUCAGUCAUGUCAUGCCAAAUUACCUUCGCAUUCUGUUUGAAGUAGCACUCGUCAUUCAGUUAACAUUUAAAGUCAUGUUUAGGCAUCUCCAUAUUAUAAACGUGUAUUUUUUCAGUUGACAUGAAUAUACGGAAGAUUGCAAUUUGUAUGUAACUGCAAAAACCUCCUUGUGUAGGAUACAGACUCUAUAGUCUGAUGUAUAUUGGCUAUCUGUAUCCUUGCUAUCAUACUUGCAUUUCUUCACGUGUAUGAGCUUCAUCUCAAAGAUUUACACAAUAUCUCAAAAUAACACAGAAAUACAAAUGUGUGUGUAGAUGCACUCAUUAAAUCACAUGGAACAUGUUUGCUGUGUGCUGUUACUAGUUGUACCUAUUUUGAGACAAACCUCCUAAACACUGAAAUCUGAGGCAAAUGUGAGAAUAACCUGUUUUAUCAGACUGAAUAUGUGUGUGAGGUAUUUCAGUGUUAAUAGUGCUUUGCUAAAAGCUUUUAUUGUGACACUGUUACACAGUACUUUCUACACUAGAAGGUAAUGGAAUAUAAUACUGUACUGUACUGAAUCACAGUUAAUUUCACUCAAGCUUACUGUAUGAGAUUAAUGUGUUAACUGUGGUACUGUGAGAAUUAGAGCUAAGGUAGUGUUGUGCCAGCACAUUCAGUAAGUGUGUCAUGAUCAGUUGGGCUGGAUGAUAUAACCUGAAAUCUGUAUCAUAAUAAACUGUCACAUUUAUAUAGAUAAUGAAUAUAAUAAUUACUUCCUUUUUUUUUAAUACAUCAUCACAUUUGUAGCGGCCAUUUAAAGAUUCAACUUUUUUCUGUAGUUAUUCUUGAAUUAUGUGUAGGGAAUAUAUAGUUUACUUGAUUUUUUUGAUAAUGACUAGGUCUAGGUUGGUGAUAAUGAUGGUAAUUUAAAGGACUAGUGCAAUGUAUGGGGAAUAUACUUAUUCAUUCAAAGAUGAGAAUAUUGCUAGAGAGCUAAAACUUAACCAGAACUGAAAAACCCCAAAGAUCAUUAACAUUUGGAAUGAUGUGAAUAACUACAAAUCCUGAGCUGGAUAGCCCUUCUCAACAUAUGUCAUGUAGUUCAUUCCAUAAGUUUAGAUAAGAAAAAAAAGACUAUAUUUAUUCAGAAUUUAUGCUUUUAGCUUUAGGGCACACUAUUUCCUAUAAGGCCUGGACCAUGGCGGAUAUGGAUUGUAACCCCAUCUACUAGAGUAGAUGAAAGAAAUACUGGAUGAGAACAUGAAAAGAUAUAGAUGCUAGUGGAAUGAAAAAUAUGAAACUGAAGCAAAAGCUAUAUGUUGAGAGUAAAAAAAAAUAUUUCAUGCUACAAUAAAAGAGAUAGGAUGAAGUUAUUUGUUAAAUUUAGAGACGCAGGCAGGCAAUUUUUAACUAAGAAAGCCAGACUAACUGUCUGCUUGCUAUAGUUUUAAAUUUAGCAAACACAUGAGACUGCUACCAAUCUUCUCAUCUGACUUUUAGCAAGACAGGUAUUAAGUGAAUUUCCCCAAACUGUGUUUAACUAUUACCUUAGAAAUAUGGUUUAUCAUUCAGCCCUAUUAAUCAGUAUGUCAAAGGGAUUGCAAACUUGCACUUUUGUUUUAAUAGUUGCCUUGAAAACAAAAUUAAUGUCAACUAAAAUCUUGUCAUCUACAACCAUGUCAAUGUUAACAAAUGGUAGCUGUAUCUAAAUGUUGCAGCAGUCCUUCUCUGUUGCUUUCUGUAGGCAAAAUUUUGUACUGUACUUAAGUGUUGACACUGCCACAUAAUGUCUUUAGAGGCUUUUAAAAUGCCUUCAUUUUCUAAUCUUGCCGUGUUCACUGUCACCUGAGCUUCCACACCUCCAGUGUGUUGUCUUAUGUGUGCGCAAAGAUCAAGUGUGGAAUCAUAAACGUGACGUGUGGUGAGUGUUUAUGUGAUUUUUGUGGCUAUGAACAAUUAUAUUUUAAUAAAAAGCAACAGUGUAACAAACUCAGUGUUACUUUGGCACCAUCACGCAAAUUAGCCAAAAAAAAGGACUACAAAUUAAAGCCACUGUUAGAGUAUGUGUAUUAUUUUAUAACUUCUUGAUACUCCAUAAAAUGAAGUAUCAAGCAUGACAGUAGUCAGGUUUACAUCAACACAAAUUAAUGUCUCCAUCCCCGCUGUAAAUAUUGGGAGGUGGGCUUAUUUAGAUAAACACAAGGUGGCACUAAUUCUCAAGCCAUGUGCCUUUAAAUCAUUGGUGCAACAUGAUAACAUAAUCAUAAAUGCACCAUAGAGCUGAAAAAUACUACCUUUUUAAGAGCCUUUUUUUUUUUCUUCCAAGGCUGGCCUGUUUAUCAAGCACUGCAGGCAACCAUAAGUAGUUGGGGAGAAAAACAAGGUCUAUCUCAAUGAAAAUCUCCCUCUACCAGCAACAUUGGAAGAAUACGAGGUAUAGCUAUUAAAUAAUGAGACUGCGCUUAUGAAGACAAAACCACAUGGUUCAUUGUCACACCCAGUGUUAUAUAUUAAAGGUUGGGUAUUCAUGCACAACUGCUGUAAGUUUCCAAUAAGUGACGUUAACUUGAUUGAAGUACACAUGUUUUUGGAAAGGUGUCGGAAAAUGAUUAGCAAGUUGAGCAAGGCUUUAACUUGAAAUUUUUGGUGAAACUGAACAUAACAGCAGCUGAAUCUAUUUGUACAUUAACUGAGGCGUAUGGGGAACACUGCAUGUCACGUGCACGUGUUUGAAAGGCACAAAAGAGAUUGUGCAGGCAGAUAGGACGUCCAAGACGACAAACUUUCUAGGCGCCCAUGAACAAAUUGAUUGAUGACUCAGAAUAAGAAUGAUAGCAGAAUUGGUCUCCACUGAUAAGGAGACAGUUGCAACAAAAUUUGAAUGUGACAAAAGUGUGGGCCAAAGUUGUCCUGAAACUUCUGACUCCUGAUCAAAAGGUGAAGCAGUUUCUGUCCCAAAAACAAAUCCCAAAUCCCAGUGCUUGAUCACCCUCCCUAUUCACCUGAUCUAGCGCCAUGUGCAAAUCUGUGCUCAAAAGAACACUUUCUGAGUCUGUGUCAGAAGUUAAGAAAAGAACGACAGAGGUUCUGAGACAACUGUCCAAAGAAGACCUACUGCACUGCUUUGAUCAGUGGAAGACCUGAAUGCAGCGGUGUGUUGAUGCAGAAGGGGAGGGAUGUUGAAGGAGAAAGACACUACAAAAUGUCUACGUUCAAUAAAAUUGUAGUACAGCAUUAGUCCUGUUCCCUUGUAUCUCUGAGUAUGACAUAACUGUGUUUGUGAGGAACAAAAAAGAACACACACACUCUCUUCUGCUUUUGAGCGAUUGUAUUUGUUGAAACUUCAAGGUAACCAGCCAGUCAAUCAUCGCAUCAGCAAGUGCACUUCAGUUAUCACAUUCACAGUUUUGGGUCACAAGUAAACUGGUGCAUGAGAGUCUUUCAGAUUGUGCUCUGUUCUCUGUUUCACAGUGACUCACCAAGCCACUGCUCUGACUAAAGGACCAUUUCUACAGAAAAUGGCUGGAGAUGUCUGACUAGCUGUGCUUAUUCACAGCAGCGUCUGGGCUUUUGAGAUGGAAAUACAGUAUGUGUAAGCCUUUUGAAAGAAUAAGCUACUUGUUAUUUGUAUUCUGUAAUUUCCAGGAAAAAAGAAAUUAAAAGGUAAAACAUAUAUUUUGAGCAGCAUGUCAUUGAGCCAGUAGGAAGAAAAACAUUAAGGGUGUGAUUGGGUUUUGGCAAGUGACAGCUUCUUGCAAAUUAUGGCUUAAAUCACACACUGCUACAAAGGAGAGCAUUAAAAAAGAAAACCCUGUGAUCCAUGGCAAACACAUGAUGGCACAAAAUUUAAGGACUGAAUAAAAGAGGAAGUCACUUAUAAAAACACAGCUUUUAACACCAUACUCACACACAGAUAUUGCACCUUUCAAAGCGUAACUACAGGAAGAAAAAUGCAAUGUUUCCAGAGUGGGCCUGCACGGACCUGUCUGACACAAAUGAAAUGUCUUAUAAAAGAAAUCUGGAAGAGACUAAGCUGGUUCCUGCUAGUUCAGCGCCAACUUGUCUUGACAUGCACUAGCAUAAUUUGUGUGAACUUAUUGAGCGCAACUGUAACUAAUAUCCUGACUGCGGGGCCUGCCUAUUUCAAUGGAUAUGUUGACUUUUGUUGUUUUGUGGAGGAUUCCUGUUUUUCUCAGGACAACAGGUCCAGAUAAGUCCCUGCACUAAAUGUUUUCAAUUCAACCAGGCUAGAUUAGUCUCUUGAUAAACAGAGAAGCCCCAAGAUAUUCUACGGGGAGACAUUGUUGAGACCGGAAAAUGUUACACUACAUUGCAAGUAUUUGAACAGUUAGUUUGUUCUUUUGUUCUUCAGGCUCUCUGCCUCUGUACAGUAAAAUAAUGGGUAGUACUUAAAGCGCCAUGUCUUAACUUUAAUAUGAGUCGGCUCCACAGCUGGUGGCUGCAGUGGAAGCUUGUAUCACCAGACAGUGUCUGCUGUUGGGUCGAAGAGUUGAGGCAAUAAUACCUAUCACAAUUAGGUUAGACUUCAUUUGUAUCUGUAUAAUUACUUUUGAACUCCUUGACUUCGGGGACUAUGUGUUAAAAGGAUUCCACCUCCCACUGUUCUCUCUCUAUAUUGAUGUAAACCUACUCAAAUUAACACUGAGACUUCGCACUUUAUGAAGUAUUGAUUAUUUUAAUUCAAACUGAAUUUAGAGAGAACCUGAAGAACAACAGUGUACAACUUUCCAAAAAACUUACAGUCUGCACUGUAUUUGUCAUAGUUAUUAGAAAGAAUGUAGUUAUAUUGCAUUAUAUACAAUAUAUAUAGGUGUGGUCCCCAUUUCUAAACAUUUUGAUGUGACAAGGAUCCAGGUGGGAAUUCAACGUAAAUCUGAAUCACAAAUUUAAGAUGGUAGAUGUAGAAACAUGCUACGAAAAACAAAACAGCUUCACUUCUGACAAAACAGGACACACUGAUCAUCACAGAUGCAUAUGAUAGUCAGUGUGUCCGCGCCUUGAGUCUGACUGUGAGAUUUUACAGCAACAUUUUAUUUUACGUGUCCAUUAUUUCCUAAUCAUUUGAUAGAUGGUUCUCCGAAAAGAACUGUGCAACUUAGUUUUAGUACUGUAGGGAAAGCAGACAAAGUUCCUAUUCUGUGAACUUCACUUAAUUGUGUUCAAAUAUAGCAGCACAUUUUCCAGAGGAAUUUCCUUGAUAAAUUCAAAGUAAAUAUUUACUCAAAAAUCGUUUAUUUUUAAACUUUACAGUGGAAAAGUUGACUCGCAUGCUGUCCUAGACAGGUCAGUGUCUCCAUACAAUUUGCAUUUUCUGCAUAUUCAGCUGAUUUGCUAUGCACUGACACACACACACACACACACACACACACACACACACUAGCUUUGUAAUUCAUUGGAAUGAAUUUACUGAAACCACAGUUUCUCUUUUACUGUAAUUAGUGCAAAUUUAGGAUUCUUUGUUGAAACUUCACAGCAAAUUUUAAGGAAUUUAUGGAGCUGGAAAAAUAAAACAUUACGUUUUAAAUUCUAACAAAUAAUUUCAACUCAUAUGUACUCUAAAAGUCUUACAUAGUGUAAGGUACUGCAGUUUAAUGUACUAGUUUUCAACAGUUUUGCACAUGCGCUGGCAGAUGUGACUGUAUUAAUUUAAAUCUGUAAAGCUACUGGGUGAUUUUAGCCAUAGUUUCAUGAAGUAAUGGACACUGAUGACAUCAUGAUGAAGUCAAAACUUUGAUGCAGCAGAACCAGAGAUAUCAAAACUGCUUGAAGCCAUUUGUUAAAAGUGAUCCUUCUGCAGCACAGGUGAUUAAUAAACACUGUCCUACAUUAACCUCUGUACUAUUAGCAUAAAUUUACUGACAUUUGCUGCACAAGGCCGUUCAGUGCAGCAGUGAUGACUACUGUGGGUGGAUUAACCCUUCAUGUGCCUGCCUUCACCCUAACAAGGGGAGCUCUGACCAGGAGGAGUGCUGGGCUGGACCCAGCCCUGACCACAGCUAUGUGGUUGUUUGUUCAGCCUACCUGCCCAGAGCUAAAUACAGACAGCGAUAGAGGAGGGGUGGCAACAAGCGUUUACUGGAAUUAAAGAGAUACUGCAGGCUUCCCUGGAAAUGCUCUCACAUAUAAAUUUAAAGAUAGUGUUCGGUGCUGUGACAAGUUAAGAUAAGACAAGUCCUGGAUGUGGAUUUUCAACAUGGGUUUGAGAAAAGCUUUUUUUU